GACUUUGACGAGUGCCAAGCACCUGAUCUCAACAACUGUCACAAAAAGGCUAAAUGUACCAACACUGUAGGUUCAUACAACUGUUCUUGCCUUAAAGGAUUCAUUGGGGAUGGUGUCCUUUGUCGAGGUAAGCUUCUCUAACCUCUAGUCAUAAAGCUACUAGCAUCAUGGCCAAAUGGAUGGAUCAGUUUUCAUGAACCAGUCUUGUGUGCCACUUUUUUGAUCCUACUUCUUUUAACUUCCUCCUUCCCAUUUCUGAAUGAAUGAAUGAACAACUUUAUUUACCAAGGGUGAAACAUUACAGUUAAGAACUGGUAAACUUGUGGCCCUCCCCUAAGAUAUAAAAGUAAUUUAUAAAUAUUAACAAAGUUAAGUUAAAAAUUAUAAAAAACAAAAAAAACACAGUGAAUGUAAUAGUACAUGUUUCAAUGUUAAGUUAAAUUGAAGUUAAAAUGUUAAAUUUAAAUGUUAAAUUCUUUUUUUAUAUCUAUUUUUUAAUGAAAAAUGUUUCGGAUGAAACAUCAUCCAUCGUCAGUUGUAUAAUGAGAUAUAAAAUAAAAUUAUACCAUAAAUAAUGCAUUUUUGAUACAUUUUAUUUCUCAUUAUACAAACUGACAAUGGAUGAUGUUUCAUCUGAAACAUAUUUUGUUUUCAUUUAAAAAAGAUAAAAAAAUGAACUUUAAAAGCAUUGAGUGGUUCAUCAAAGUGAUAUCUUACUUCAUGUGGCUACAAAGGCUUAAUAUUUAAAUAUAAUAUUACAAAGGGGUCAGAUGAUUUAAAAAAUCAUGAAAUAGGAAAGCUAUUUAAGCCAGCAUAACCUUCCUUUAUUAAAUUACAAUAGUUCUGUUUGAAUGCGUUAAUACUGCUAAUACUCUCUGAUGUUCUUUGUUUGACAUCCAAUUAGAGCCCGUUUAGAACAUCCGAGAAUCAGCUUAACAGCUGUGUGUCUGUUCAUUAAUAAGUCACAGAUGAUGUCUGUGAAGUGGUUAGAACAAAAAAGAGGCACACAAGGGUGACUUCUGUGAUCUAUUAAUGAACAGACCCAUGACAACAUGGAAAACAUUUGUUUUAUAUGAUAAAAAGCAACAUGUUGUUCAUGGUGUUAUCGUCUAUGCAUCUGUCCAGGAUACAGCUGAUCAUUUUACAUAGUUAUAUUCAACAGUUCUAAACUUCAUUUUUGGCCAAGCAGCAAACAAAACACAUUUAAACCAUGGUGAGAGGUUACAUGUAUGAUUCUAUAUUAGGACAAAUGUCGUUGGAAGCACAUGCCAUUUACUUGUACCAUUCAAACAAUCAGUCUAAAUACUGCUAUAACAACAACACAGCAAUCAUCUUAAGCAUCUUAUUUGAAACACACACUUUAAGGUCAAUAACAGACCAUGUCACUGCAUGCAUGUUUUGAUUCAAACACAAUAAUAAGCUAUUGCUAUCACACACAAUAAAUUAAGCGAUAAGAAUAAUGUAAGUCAAGGAGAAACCCUGUGUACCUCCUCAAAGCAUGUGGUUAUCCCAGUUUUUCAUUAGGAUAUGGAUCCACGUGCAGUUCUGUUUACAUGUUUUUAUAG